AUGGGUUAUCAUCGACAGUUAUUUUUGCAUCACGCUUUAUUGCAUCUCGCUGAGGUCGGGUGUUACUUGGCUACGCAUCAGCAGUCCGCGGAACCCGCAGAACCUGUGGAACCCGUGGAACCUGUGGAACCCGUGGAACCUGUGGAACCCGUGGAACCCGUGGAACCUGUGGAACCCGUGGAACCUGUGGAACCCGUGGAACCUGUGGAACCCAUGGAACCUGUGGAACCCGUGGAACCUGUGGAACCUGUGGAACCUGUGGAACCUGUGGAACCUAAGGAACCUGCGAAACCCUAUAUUUUUUGUCAAAGAAUAGGUUCCACAGGUCCCGCAGGUUCCACAGGUUCCACAGGUUCUACAGGUUCCACGGGUUCCACGGGUUCCACGGGUUCCACAGGUUCCACAGGUUCCAUAGGUUCCACAGGUUCUGCGGACUGCUGA